AUGGAUGAUUCAGAUGAGGUGUUUGAAAUAUUAUUUGGUGAUACUUCGUCUUCAUCAAGCAAGGAAUUAAUUGGUCAAACUGUGGCCGAAAGAUUUCAACAUUCGGUAGAAACUGUUUGUCGUCAGUUUGGCAGAGUGCUAGAUGCAUUGCGUUAUUUACGAAAUGAAGUAAUAAGGCCUCUUCACUUUAACACUGUGCAAGCAGAAAUUCAAAAUAAUCCGAAGUAUUUCCCAUGGUUUAAGGAUUGUGUUGGAGCAAUUGAUGGUACUCAUGUAAGUGCAGUUGCACCAGCUCUAAAACAACUUGCAUAUAGAGGAAGAAAAGUAGAUGUAACACAAAAUGUAAUGGCUGCAUGCUCCUUUAAUAUGAUGUUUACUUAUGUCUACGCUGGAUGGGAAGGAAUAGCCAAUGACUCUCGAGUGCUUCUUGAUGCAAUUAGAAAAUAUGAUAACUUUCCUAUGCCAUCACCAGGUAAAUACUACGUUGUUGAUUCUGGCUUUCCAAAUAUGUAUGGAUUUCUAGCACCAUAUCGUGGUGAACGUUAUCACUUACGUCACUUUAGAGGAAGAGGGAACCAUCCUAGAGGUGCGUUGGAGUUAUUCAAUUAUAGGCACUCAUCAUUGCGUAAUGUGAUUGAACGUUGUUUUGGACUUCUAAAAGCCAGGUUUCCAAUUUUGAUGUCAAUGCCUCCAUACUUGCUUGGAAAGCAACAUCGAAUACCAAUAGCAUGUUGUACUAUCCACAACUGGAUCAAAAUGCAUUCUAUUAAUAAUAGAAUGUUUGAACAAUAUUCAGUUGAUGCCACACUUGUUGAAGAUAUUGAGGGAACUGAAAGGCAAUCUAAUACAACAAUAGAAAACCAACAAGAAGGAGAUGAAGUAGGAAUUUCUGAAGCACCAGAGAUUAAUUUUAGUCAAGCGUAUAUGGCUUAG